GUGGAAAGCUGCAGAUGCAACGGCACGUUGCCCAGGUGGUCGAAACGGCUGUUCCGGGCGGUGGCCAGACGUCGGUGAGGACGAGCGGCGGGCAUCUGGACGAAGACACUAGCAAAGGCUUCCGUCGUACAAUCACCGCUUUGCGUGCAUCCACCAGCGCGUUGGCAGGAUCGUCGCCACCGCCAGCCUUCUCUCAGCCUUCCGCCAGCUGUUAGUGCCUUGCAAGUCGUACUCAUGGCCGUCGACUCCGGGGGCUCGCUGUCCGGCCUGCUGCCCUACGCUUUUGCCGCCUUCGUCGUCUACGUGAUAGGCCUGUACUCGUACCGGCUGUUUCUCCAUCCGCUCGCUCGUUUCCCAGGCCCCAAGCUUGCUGCCAUAAGCAACUGGUACGAGUUCUACUACGACGUGUAUCUGCACGGCAAGUUUACAGAGCACAUCCAACAGCUUCACAAGCAGUAUGGUACGCCUCCCAUGUGCCGCUCCGUCUCAUCUCCUAGCUGGACUCACCACGAGAGAGUGCAGGCCCCAUCAUUCGCAUCACGCCGUCCGAGCUCCAUAUAGACGACCCGGAUUACUUCGAGGUCCUGUACGAACGUGCCGGCCGACGGGACAGGUACUCUUACUUCGCAGCGCGCUUCGGCCAUGGCGCGGACACCUUCAGCACCGUGCCGCACGAUCUGCAUCGCAACAGGAGGAAGCCCCUCAACCCCAUGUUCUCUGCGAAACGGAUCUCCGAGUUCCAGCCCGUGAUUCGCACCAUGGUGGAGAAGCUGUGCUCCAAGCUUGACGAGUUCAAACAGUCGGGUGCCGUGCUCAACCUGGAUCGCGCCCUCAUGGCCCUGACAACGGACAUCAUCACCGAGUACGCGUUCGCCAAGAGCUACAACCAGCUCGACGUGCCCAACUUCACCGAGACCAUGCACGAGGCGCUCGUCGCCAUCUACGUGGUGGGCCACUUCGCGCUCCAUUUCCCCAUCGUGUUCCCCAUCCUCGACAUGCUGCCGGACUGGUUCACGCUCACGGUCCAGCCCGUGCUCCAGCCCGUCAUAGGGCUGCGGUACGACCUGGCCAAGAAGGUGCGCGAGAUCAGGGACGGCAUCAACGAGGGCCACAAGCAUGUUUCGCACCCAACCAUCUUCCACGAGCUGCUGAACAGCGAUCAGCCGGAAGAGGAGAAGACCGACGCGCGGCUCGGGGACGAGGCCCAGCUCAUUGUCGCCGCCGGCCUGGUGACGACCUCCCGCGCCCUCACCGUCGGAAGCUUCCACAUGAUCUCGAAGCCGGAAAUUGUCCGUAAGCUGCGCGAGGAGCUCCAGGCCGCCGGCAUGAUGGGCAGUCUGGAUCAGCUGGACUGGCACAAGCUCGAGGCGCUCCCGUAUCUCAACGGAUGCGUGCACGAAGCCAUCAGACUCGCCCAUGGCAUAACCACCCGCAACCCUCGCCUGGCCCCCGACCAGGAGCUGCGGUACGGAGACUACGUCAUCGCGAAGAACACGCCCGUCUCCAUGACGACGGUCGACAUCUUGAUGAACGAAAAGAUCUACCCGAACCCACGAGAGUUCCUGCCGGAACGAUGGAUUGGACAUCCUGAGCUGGAACGCUACUUUGUGCCCUUUGGCAAGGGCAGCCGACAGUGCAUGGGCGUGAACCUGGCUUUUGCCGAAAUGUACAUCACGCUGGCGAGAAUCUUCAGCUCGUAUGACUUUGAGCUCUUCGAGACCGACCUGUCGGAUGUGGAGAUGGCGCACGCGUAUCUCGUCCCGUAUCCGAAGUGGGACUCGAAGGGCGUGAGAGUCAGAGUCAAGAAAUGACGUCUUUACCGAAGAAUCGAGAUGAGCUGUUUCCGCCUCGUUCGUUUUUGUCCACAACACAAUUCUGCACCCUUUUGAAUCUGAUGAUGAGAAAUGUUGUUUCGACCGUAAAUCGCAUCAAUCUUACCCCAACAAAGCACAGACGAAAGGCAGACCAAUCCUAUAUCCCCACGUUCUAGGAGUAGUGCAGAUAACCGAUUCACAAUUUGAUGGUUAUGAACAUGAAUGGAACAGGAAGAGUCAUUCUCAUCGUCUACAUCCACAAGCAAGAUCUACAUUCCCGACAGCAUCGCUUGAGUAUGUGUGUCCUCAGGUCCGAAAAUUGCCACUCAUAGUUUUAUCUUCUGUUUAAUCAAACCGCCUUUCCUUUUCACCAGCGUAUCAAGCGUUCGGAUUGGCACGCACAAAUUGAGCAAGUCUUCAACUCCACUGCAGAUAGUUUGAGUUUCCGAUACUGUAAGAUUCAAUUCGGAAAUUGUUUAAAAUGCCUUGAGUGUGAAGGCCUCGGUGCAGAGACUUCCGCUGGCAGCAAAGGUAUUCUAUCGCUUGUCAACACAAAGGGGCUUCUCGGGUUUCAUUUUCACGCGAAGGGUUGUCUCUAUUGCUCAUUAGCUAUUUCUCCUUCUAAAUGCAUUCCUCCUGAGCUUCUCCCA